AACCCAUUUUCCUUCGAGAUCUCAAUCGGAGCUUCUCGAUGGCGAGCGGCAGCGCCGGCGGUGGUGGAGGCGGCGCUACUCCGCCUCCCUUCCGGCCAUACCGCCUCCUCCGAACCCUCAACGCCCACCAGCGCGCCGUCUCGUGCGUGAAGUUCUCCAACGAUGGCCGCCACUUCGCCUCCGCAUCCCUCGACAAAACCCUAAUCGUGUGGUCCGUCCAAUCCCUCAGCCAGAUCGCCGUCCUCUCCGGCCACUCCGAGGGCAUCUCCGACCUCGCCUGGUCCUCCGACUCCCACUACGUCUGCUCUGCAUCCGACGACCGCACCGUCCGCGUCUGGGACGUCCGCCCCCCGAACUUCGAGUGCGUUCGCGUCCUCCGCGGCCACUCCGACUUCGUCUUCUGCGUGAACUUCAAUCUCCAGUCCAAUCUCAUCGUCUCCGGCUCGUUCGACCGCACUAUCCGCGUCUGGGACGUCAAGACCGGUCGCUGCCUCCGUUCCAUGAAUGCUCACAGCCUUCCAGUCACGUCCGUGCACUUCAUCCGUGAUGGUUCUCUGAUUGUAUCCGGGAGCCACGAUGGGACGUGCAAGUGCUGGGAUGCUAACUCUGGGGCUUGUCUCAAGGUCCUAAUUGAUGAUAAGAUCGCCGUCUCGUUCGCCAAGUUCUCCCCCAAUGGCAAGUUCAUUCUUGUUGCUACUUUGGAUGACACCCUGAAACUCUGGAACUAUGCAUCUGGGAAGUUCUUGAAAGUAUAUACAGGCCAUGUCAACCAAGCUUACUGCAUCACAUCCACGUUCUCUGUUACAAAUGGUAAAUACAUUGUCAGUGGCUCAGAGGACAAUUGUAUAUACAUUUGGGAUCUCCAAGGUAAAAAUUUGGUUCAAAAACUGGAAGGUCAUAAGGAUGCUGUCAUCUCUGUAUCAUGCCAUCCGACCGAGAACAAAAUUGUUUCUGCUGCCCUUGACAGGGAUAGAUCUAUAAAAAUUUGGGCUCAAAACUAGGCAACAAGCAUUUGAUGAUUUGUUUGGUUGGGGAAAAAAAUUAAAAAGAAACAAUUAUUUGCUAAGUGAAAGCAAAAAUUGUUUUAAUUAUCAAUUUGUUGUGAAACUCAUGAACUGUUAGUAUUCAAAUGUCUGAUCAGGUUGUGAUGUUUCAUGCUGCAUCCCAAGUGGUCAAGUUGACCAUUAAUCUUUCCUUAUGUAUGUAUUCCUUGAUGUGUAGAGAAUAGAGAUAAUAUUUUGAGCGAAUUUUUCA